AUCAGUGUGGCCCCAGAUGUGCCACCUGUCAGUGCACAUCAUUGCCACAUGCCAGUGCCCAUCAGUGCCACGUGCCAGUGACCAUCAGUGCCACAUCAAUGCCACAUAUCAGUGCAUACCAGUGCACAUCAAUGCCACAUAUCAGUGCCCAUAUGAGCUGCCUUUCAAUGUCACCCAUCAGUGCCAGUCAGUGCCACCUAUCAAUGCCAAUCAGUGCCACCUAUCAGUGCUGCCAAUCAGUGCCACCUAUCAGUGCCAUGCGCAUCAGUGCCAGUCAGUGCCGCCUAUC